AAACUCUAAAUCUGGUCACACAAACCAGGUCAAGGAAGUGCAGCAAGAGUGUUUUACCAAUGUUUUUUUCGUUUUUUUUAAGUAAAAUACUACUCAAUACGACUUAAAUUAAAACUUUUACAAGAAUAAUUUGAUAAACCGCUCUUAAUAUACCUAUGUUCGUCGUUAUACCAUACUUAAUUUAAAACUAGGUGCAGUGACAGCGAAUACCGCAUACAGGAAAAUUCAUAAACUGGGUCAUUACUGCCAUCGUAAUAUUACCGUAAUGCCCAACAUGGGAAUUGACAGAACAUGGAACAGCUUAAAUGGUUACGCUUAGAUCUUAACAGUGCUAAUAAUUGUCAUAACAUUUGACCCAGUUACGGACCGUGUGCGUUGACCUAUCAAUGCGGACUACAGCACGAUGUUAUUUAUAGUUUAUAACUUGCAGAUAUUUAAAUAUUUAUAACUGCUGUUUGUGAUAAAAACACUGCAGAUUGAAUUUAUAGCACGCAUUGGGCACUACAUACGAACAUUUAGCAUUUGGUAAAGGUGAAUUAAAAAUCAAAUAACAUUCAAAGCCUAAAAUGUUAAUAGACAUAAAAAUGGGAUAAUAUUCUGUCAAGGGGAACAAUUUAACAAUAGUAAUUUUUUUUAAUUUGAAGAAGUAGUUUUACAAUGCAUUUCAAAUAUAAAUUUCAAAAUCAUAACAUGAAUUCAAUUGUUACCAUAUCAUCUGGAAAAAACCACUGAGGCUGAAUGGUUUCAGUUUUCUUUAAUACGUGCCAAAAAGUCAUUAUAAUGUUUUCCAAACUCUGAUACCUUUUAUAAAAUGGUAACUUAAAAUAUUGAAUGAGAAUAUAGGGAAGUAUGGUUAUGGUUUGACUGAUUUAAAAAUAAGCGUGGAGCGUUGUAAUUGGGCCGACGGCCCUACGGCCGGGCUGACACUUGGCAGUGAUGAAGAAGCAAAAUGUACGCACUCUAUCAUUAAUUGUGUGCACUUUCACAUAUUUGCUUGUCGGUGCAGCCGUUUUUGAUGCACUUGAGUCGACGACCGAAAGGAACAGAUUUGAUGUGUUACAAGCGGUGAUUGAAGCCAUGAUAAUAAGAAAGUACAACAUAUCGGAGGAGGACUUCCUCAUCAUGGAGACAGUGGUGCUUAAAUCAGAGCCCCACAAGGCUGGCCAGCAAUGGAAGUUCACUGGUGCCUUUUACUAUGCUACUACUGUGCUCACUACCAUUGGCUAUGGUCAUUCAACGCCAGCUACGGUCAGCGGCAAGCUAUUCACUAUGUUCUAUGCGAUUGUUGGUAUACCCUUGGGCUUGAUUAUGUUCCAAAGCAUCGGUGAAAGAGUUAACAGGCUCAGCAGUGUAAUAAUAAAAUCAAUAAAACGAGCAUUGAAUUGCAAACAGACAAAUGCAACGGAAGUGGAUCUUAUAUGUGUUGUGACCACCCUGUCUUCCCUUACCAUUGCUGGUGGUGCGGCCGCCUUCUCAACAUUCGAGGGGUGGAGUUACUUUGAUAGCGUUUACUAUUGCUUCAUAACUCUCACUACUAUAGGUUUCGGUGACAUGGUAGCCCUACAGAAAGACAACGCACUGAACUACAAGCCUUCUUAUGUGAUGUUUUCGCUAAUUUUCAUCCUGUUCGGGCUGGCUAUAGUGGCGGCCUGCCUCAAUUUGCUUGUUCUACGAUUCGUUACUAUGAACACUGAGGAUGAAAAGAGAGACCAGCAGCAAGCAGAACAGGCUCAGCAAGUAGCGGUCCGGUUGGAGGGCGAUGUGAUCACUGCGGAUGGCGACGUGUUGCGCGGCGUGUCGCGGGGCACCAGGCUGCCGGCUGACCCGAGGCAGAUAUCUACCGGUGACACAUCCCUGAUACCAUUAUACGUGGAUGAAGACUACGCGCCCAGCGUCUGCAGUUGUUCGUGUAACUGCUUCGGACCGAACAGAUCGAUACCGUACCGAGAUCCGCUAUCGCCGGUGCCGCCCACGAACAUAAAACAGAUCAAAUCGAAAAACUAUCGAGACAUCAGCGGCAUACCGCGCUACAUCGAGAAAUCGUCAUCGAAGAAUCGUUCGCAAUCGUUGCGAUUAAACUCCGCAUCCGGCUAUCUCUACAUGAAUGCGAAAACGAACGAUUUCCAACUCGAGGCCGAAGACUUCCGAGAGAUCGUGGCGAAGAGACGCGAACAAUUACGCAAAGGUAUGAUGAUGUACGAUAUCCAAUAUAAUAACGAGUAUUUACAACCCUAUCGACACAGUAUUAGUACGCGGCUAGAGACGAGCCCGCACAGUUCGCUCUAUUCGAUGAACAUUAGAUCCGAUAAUCGAUCGAACGAUCCGCUUGUCGACGAUUACGAUUCCGAGAAAUCGAGUUACGCGAAAAAGAAGCUUAUGAAGAACAUAGCAAGGAACACAAAUAACAGACGAGUCGAGAAUUAUUUUUACGACGACGCCGUAUUGCACUUCGACGAGGAAUACGCGUUCGACGGUUCGAUUUUGUUCGCGAAAAGGAGAAAAUCGAUCGAUAAAAACUGGGAGGAGUUUGCGUGCGAAUUGCCGAGGAGUUACGGCGCGGACCAAAUAUCGAACGAUGGGAGCUACGGGUAUUAUUUGCCCGAUGAAGACGAGCAAGAACAGUACUUUAUAAACGACACGUUAACGUUCACUAUGCCUCCGCACAGGGCGAGCAUAUAAACCGGACAAGCGAGGUCGUCUGCCAUUCGAAUUUGCGUUGUUCGCGAUAAGAGAUUCCUUUUUUUCCUUUUUUAAUCGAUAUUUUCAAUCGAUUAGUUUAAUCGAGCUUAAGAUUCGAGGUUUUUUUGGGGUUCUACAUAAAAAUAAACCAAAAUAUAAAAUGUGAUUUAAAAAACUAUUAAUAAAUUUCGGACGACGCAAGACGAUCUCGUUUUGUCUGAUACAAGAAUCGAGUGAUAGUGUUGUGAAUCGUGCCAAAACACGUGCCAAAAUUCUAGUUUUUUCUAAUAAUAAACAAUAAUAAACAAAAGAAUAAAUAAAAGGGCCAAUUAAUUAAAAAACGACGUUGUAAAUUAGUGAUUUUACAAUUUUGCGGGUAGUUUGAAGUUUAAUAGCUUUUACACUUAGGUAACGAAUAGGCGACGCGUUUUGUUUUUUAAUUAAUACUUUUUAAUACUGAGCUUGGCUUUUUGUAGAUAGUGUAUGUUUUGUUUGUAGAUUCUUUUAAUGAAAUUACUGGUUCUCUUAAUGAAGUUACUAUAAUGACUAUAAUGAUUAUUACAAAUUCCCGUGGCCAAAAUUGGUUUUGUGUUGCCAAUUUAUGCGCGUGCGCUUAUCUUGUCCUUGGAGAAGUGACCGGCGGCCGCGCUCCCAGCCGCGAGCCGAAACCUCCCUCCCCGCGCCUCUCCACUGAGGGACGGCUAGCAAUGUGCCGGAACAUCCUCCGGGGCGUUGGAAGCUGUCGCUUCCAA